GCAUCACACCUACCUUAUCACGUGUAAUUUAAGUUGGACCAAAGAGUAUAAUAAAACGCUUGCCACCAUCGACGCAUUACACAUCUUGACUCCGCAUCAUCCGUAAUUCCGUAAUUCCUGACUUUUUCUUCAAGUUACAUAGAGGCGGUAAGCAAAUCGCAAGAUGUCGCAUUCGAAACUUAAAUCACUCAUGAUGCUACCAAAUCGUGAAUUGAAGGAGAUGUGUCGAGAUGCUAAUAUGAAGGUGUCUGGAACAAAAAGCCAACUGCUGAUGCGUCUAUGUGGCAUGGAGAAGGAGAAACCAAAGACCAGAACCAGAACAUCGGCAAAGUCGGUCAACAAAUGGCUUGAGAAACAAGGUGUGAAAGACAUUGAAUCUGUCAACAAAUGCCUUCGUUCAGCAAUCCAGAAGGGUUACAUUGACAUCAGCGGUGAUAGUCCUUUAGAUAAUGUUGUCCUUGAGGAUAGCUGCGAGAACUGUCAUGGUGAUGUGAAAGCGACUAUCCGCGACCUCCUCUACCAACCAGAUCAUCCUGGAUAUGACUAUGGUGAAGAUGGUCCUAUAAGAUGCCCUAACGAAGAAGAACAGGGCUGUAUGGGCAUGUACGUGACUCGCAUGUGCGACAAUAAUGCACACUUUGACAAUGGCAAAGCUACCAACCACUGCACAUAUUGUCCAGGCUUCAGCAAGUGCCUUGGUGACUACCGCAUGGAGCACUGCAAGUCAUGUGGUAAACAUUUUUAUGCUGGGCAAGGGAACAUCCUUUGCGAGUGCCAAGAACGAUACUCUGAUUCUGAUGAUUCUGAUAAUGAUCGUGAUUUUGAUGGUUGUGUUCUGCAGUAGUCCGGAACAUAUUUUUUCGGAUAUUGUUUUUAUGUAAUUACUUGCAUUUAUCUUUCAAAACUUGUGCUUGUUUUAUAUUACAGUAUAAUAGUAGUUUAGCAUUAUACAGUACAAAACACACAGUAUUACAAUAUCUAUGUACAGUAAUAGGCAAGUAGAGGUGUAUCAUGACCCUAUUUUGAUUGUAAUUAUGAAAGGUUUGUAUUUGUAUUAAAUUUUGAUGAAAGUUUUAA